UGUGCUUUCUAUUAAUCUGUGGUCUGUGGUGCACAUUUUGAUCGAUUUUUAGCGCAAACAAAUCUUUUAAUAAUUAUUUACAUUUUAAGCUCUAAAACAAAUACCCUCUAACAACAUUACUGUUUGUUUGUUUGAAAUAAAAAUAUUUGGGUUUGGUUAUCAUUGUUUAAUAUUUUUCCUUGCCAUAGGAGAUGUGUUUCUUUCAUAAACGCUGUAGGUGAGACCAAUGUUUUUUCACUAUAAUGUCAAAACAAGGAAAAAGAAAAAUCACUGUCGAGUUACCGAAAACAAAAGACCUUUCUAAUAGACCAAGUGUGUUCGAACGUCUCGGUACUAAAAAGUCUAGCGGAAAGAAAGCCACGGAACAUUGCAGGCAGUGGGCACAACACGGCAGCUGCGCCUACGGUAAGAGUUGCAAAUUUGCAUCCACUCAUACCUUGAUAAGUCCAUCGAAACAGCGAGCAGCGAACAAAGACACUGAGAAACGUUUAUUGAAAGAUGAUCCUAAAAGUAGAUUGCAUUCCACUGUAGUUGUGAGGUCAGGCCGAAGUCCCGAUGGUGAGAUCGACAACUGGGACCAGAAUGACUUAGAAUAUGCGGACACAGACGUACUCGAGAAGAGGCGCCUGCAGUUGCAGCGGGAACUAGAAUUGCAACUGAAAAUGGACUCUGGUAAAGACAUGCGGAAAGACAAAAAGAAAACAGUGUCGACCUCAUCUUCAUCUAGAAGUUCAAGUUCAUCAAGUGUGUCGUCAUCAUCUUCAGACGGUAGCAGUUCAUCGUCUUCGUCUGGCAGGGAUGCAAAGAGGAGAGCCAAGAAAGGAAAAUUGAAAAGGAACUCCAGUUCAUCAUCAGAAUGUGAUAUACCUUCCAAGAAAAAGUUAAUAAAGACUGAUUCAAUGAAACGAGAUAAAAGUGAAUCAAAAAAAGUUAACUUAAAGAAAGAUGAUAGUAGGUUGUUAAAAAAACAUGAAGCAAGCAAAAAGAAAAAUCUUUCAAAGGCAAUUGGUAAGAAAUCAUUGUCACCUGGUAAAAAAUCAGGUGGCACACCUCCAAUAUCUUCAAAAAGUGCAUCUUCAAAAACCGCCUCUAAACAUGUCAAGUCUCCACAAAGAAAAGAUAGAAAUAGAAGUGUGUCGCCGCAUACUGCUAAAGACAGAGAUAAAGAUAGAGAUCGAUUAAAGGAUAAAGACCGAGAAAAGGAUCGUGACAGGGAUCGUGGAAGGCGCAGCCGAUCACCAAAAAAAGGUCGCUCUAGGUCACCACGUCAACAUGGAUCACAUCCAAAAGACCCUAGAAAGAAAGAUAGCUCAGAAAGAAGCAGGCCAGUUUCGCCUAAGAAACAAGUAAGAAGAGAUGGCAGUACUGAGAAACAUCGAAAACGAUCUCUCAGUAGAGAUAGAGACAGGGGACGUGAUCAUAAGGAUAGAUCGCUAGAGAGAAAGAAAGAUAAACAUGAUGAUAAGGAGAGACACGAUAGAAAAGAUAGAGGACGUGAUAGAAAUAAGGAUAGUAAAAGAGAUGACUCAAAACGUCGCGGUCGCGAUCGUGGUUUAGGUAGUGGAAGAGGUGACAAAGGUUUAGAAAAGCCAAACAAACCAAUGCAAAGAUUGCUGCCGAGACCAGAAGAACGCUUAGCUGCUUUAGCAGCUAUAUCAAAUAGGGCAUUGGAAUCGGAUAAAAACUCAACUAAUUCUAAAGAUCGUCAAGACACGCAGUCCGAGAGAGGCGGUCGUAAACAAGACCGAGCUGAAAGAGAUAGACCCAUCAAAAGAGAACGGAUGGAUAGCUUAGAAAGGGAACAGAGUGAAUUUGAUGUAGCCAUGGAACGUCAAUAUGAUCAUGGUCAUGGCAUUGAUCAUUACGAUAGACUAGAUGAUCGUUAUGAUGGCGUUGCACGGGAAGGCGAUCGUUCACCUAGUUACAACUUACAAGGCAGGGACAGACAUUAUGAUCCAGGUUAUGAUAUGCCUGGACCACCUAGAGGAUACCCUGACGAUGACGAUAGGAUGUAUGGGGAUGCUAUGGGCGACCCCCGAGGAAUAGAAAUGGGUUAUGACGACCGGCGUCCACACCGCGACCAUUCCUGGGAAGGACGCUCGGGUUCUAUGGAUCGUGAGCGUGGUUAUAUGCAUCCUCGUAAAGAUUGGGACAAUGACGACUAUCGUGGCCCAGAUUGGGGUCGAGAACGACAUUGGCCAUUACAUGAACCUCAGAUGAGUGAAUGGGGUGACAAAGAACCAGAUGAAGGUUGGCACCACCGUGGUCAUCCUGGACCUCAUCGCGGUCGCAUGCAUGAUGAUUACAAUCGUGGAGGUAGAAUGGAUCAAGGACGUAACGAUAAAAGACGUGCCCCAAGAAACGAAACAGAAACUGCAAAGGAUUCAGCCCCUACAACUCAAACUGCCCCAGUUGCACAAACAGAUGAACAGGAUGGUGAUGAGAAACCUAUCCCUGAUGAUCUGAGUGAGAUUAGUGAUGAUCCAGAUGACAUUCUGGAAAGAGAAGAUAUGUUAGAUCAAAACAUUGAUGAAAACAGUCAAACUGAUCAGCCUAAUGAAGAAAGUAUUCCUAAAAUAGAUGGUUCAGAGAAAGAAUCCACACAGGACACAAGUGGUGCUUGCGAGGAAAAGGAAUCUCAAGAUGGCAAAGACGAAGAGGACGUCGCUAAUUUAGAUUUUGAAGAAAUUUCUGAUGGCGAAUUAGAAGAGGAACGAACACGGGCUGGCCUUGGCGAUGCUCUUGGUGUAGAUUGGGCGAGUCUUGUUGCCGAUGUCCACCGGCGCGAGCAAACCGCUCCUGCAGGAGGCGCACGAGACCGUUGGCGGCCUGAACGCGUGCUGCCUCGCAUCGGCCUCUCCAUAGAGAUGGCGGGCAAAGACACGGUCCAAGAUAUACUGCAGCAAAACGCCAAGUCCCUGCAAGGUGACAAAACUGGAGCCGAUGGUGAUAAAAACAGUUUGGUCAACGGCACACAUGAUGAUUUACAUAAAUCUGAUUAUCCAACAGAUGUCAAUGAUUUACAUCCAGUGGCUGCUAUUCAGGUUGCAACAGAGAAGCGGAAACGUCAACGCGCAGUUUUAUUCGGUUCUGGGUGUGAAAUCACGCGGGGACUGAGCGCGAGGCGGGAUCUGGCACUUCGCAGAUACCUGUGCCACUUGCCUGUGGCCGAGCGCACGGGGCAGGCCCGGGUGGCGCCACAACCCACCCUGUUCCACGCCGCCCGAGCCUUGCUCAUGCAAGCGCCCGUCUCUGGCUGACAAAGACUAUAAACCAAGCAUAGUCUUUGGUAACACAAACACAAGUGGCACAGACCAAAAUUAAUUCAAAAAGAAUCAACAUAAUGUGUUUCUAAUAAUUUCUUGUUUUGAAUGAUCCACAUUGUGGUGGUGUAAAAUAGUAUGAUUUUCUUCUGACGACGGAAAAAUCAAGAGAUUUUGUUGGACAUUUUGAAAUACAAGGCAUAAUGAUCAGUGUUCAGAACAGUUGCCCGUGGCCGAGCGCACGGGACAGGCCCGGGUGGCGUCACAACCCACCCUGUUCCACGCCGUCCGAGCCUUGCUCAUGCAAGCGCCCGUCUCUGGCUGACAAAGACUAUAAACCAAACUUAGUCUUUGGUAACACAAACACAAGUGGCACAAACCAAAAUUUGUUCCAAAAGAAUCGACAUAAUGUGUUUAUAAUAAUUUCAUGUUUUGAAUUAUUGACAUUGUGGUGGUGUAAAAUUGUAUGAUUUUCUUCGGACGACGGACAAAUCAUGAGAUUGUGUUGUACAUUUUGGAAUACAACAAACAAACAAAUGAUUAGUGGCUCAUGCAAGCGCCCGUAUCUGCCUGACAAAGACUAUAAACCAAAAUUAAUUGAAAGAGAAUCGAUAUAUUUUGUUUAUAAUAAUUCCAUGUUUUGAAUUAUCGUAUCGACAUUGUGAUGGUGUAAAUUUUGGAAUACAAUUAACAUAAUUAUUAGUGUUCAGAACAGAACUGAAUUUGUGUUUAAUAGACAUCGAAUAUUAUUUAAAAUCCGUGGCUUUAUAGAGCCAUCACAAGCAGAGUAAAUCUUCAAAAUCAGGAUAAUUUGGCUCAUAAAAUUGAGUUAUUAUUUACAUUUGAAUACUAAAAAAGUUUGAUAAAACUGGUAUGUGAACUGAGUUGUAGGUAUGAGAUAGUGAAUUUCAGUGUUAUAUUUCAAGUUGACGUGAACAAGUAAUGUGCAUUUUACAAUGUUAGUAUAGAUGCACAAUUUUUUUCAUAUAAUCUGUGACUGCAAUUAAUUUUAGAAUCAUCAAAGUAAUGUUUAUUUUAAAAGCGUAAGUUAGGUAGCUGUCUAGAAAAUCGUUUGAAUUUAACAAAAACCGCAUCUAAAUAUUAUCACAAGGCACGAGAAUCAAUUUAAUUCCUAAUAAUUUAUGAAAAUAAACCUUUUCAUGAUACAAAUUUUAUUAUUAUUAUUAUGUAUAGGUACAAUAAGUAUCUACAUAUUUUGUUUUAAAUUUUAUUGUCUUUUAAGAAACUCUAUGUUAAUAUAAAAAUUGAUAAUAAAGUGGCUAACGAAUA